CCUGGCCCGGCCCGCGCCCGGCGGCCGCCCCUCCAGGUCUCACCCAGGCUGGGACCUUCAGAGGCCCCCUGACCUGAAAGCACACCCUGGGACGCCAUGCGGGGGGCUCUGGCGCCCCUGCCUUCGCUGCCGCUGCCACCUCUGCUGCUGCUGUUGCUGCUGCUGCUGCUGGGGUACGGGCCCCGGACGGCCACCAGCGGUGGGGCUGGCGGGGCAGCGGGCUACGCGCCCGUGAAGUACGUGCAGCCCAUGCACAAAGGACCCGUGGGGCCACCCUUCCGAGAGGGCAAGGGCCAGUACCUGGAAAUGCCUCUACCACUGCUGCCGAUGGACCUGAAAGGAGAGCCUGGCCCCCCUGGGAAGCCUGGGCCUCGGGGGCCUCCUGGUCCUCCUGGUUUCCCAGGAAAACCAGGCACUGGAAAGCCAGGUCUACAUGGGCAACCUGGCCCUGCUGGGCCCCCUGGCUUCUCCCGGAUGGGCAAAGCUGGUCCCCCUGGGCUCCCAGGCAAGGUUGGACCACCGGGGCAGCCUGGGCUUCGAGGGGAGCCAGGGGCACGAGGGGACCAGGGCCUCCGGGGGCCUCCAGGACCCCCUGGCCUCCCUGGACCCACAGGCAUUGCUGUCCCUGGAAAACCAGGCCCUCAGGGGAUUCCAGGGCCCCCAGGAUUUGGUGGGGAGCCAGGACCUCAAGGGGAGCCUGGGCCCCCAGGUGAUCGAGGUCUCAAGGGGGAUAAUGGAGUGGGCCAGCCAGGGCUGCCUGGGGCCCCAGGGCAGGGGGGUGCCCCUGGACCCCCUGGCCUCCCUGGUCCAGCUGGUUUGGGCAAACCAGGUUUGGAUGGGCUUCCUGGGGCCCCAGGAAAUAAGGGUGAGUCCGGGCCUCCUGGGGUACCAGGGCCCAGGGGGGAGCCAGGUGCUUUGGGCCCAAAAGGGUCCCCUGGGGUGGAUGGAGUGGGGGUGCCAGGGGCAGCAGGGGUGCCAGGGCCACAGGGCCCAGUAGGCGCCAAAGGAGAACCAGGGACCCGAGGUCCCCCUGGCCUAAUAGGUCCCACUGGCUAUGGGAUGCCAGGCCUGCCAGGCCCGAAGGGGGACAGGGGCCCAGCUGGGGUCCCAGGGCUCUUGGGGGACAGGGGUGAGCCAGGGGAAGAUGGGGAGCCGGGGGAACAGGGCCCACAGGGCCUUGGGGGACCUCCUGGACUUCCAGGGUCUGCAGGACUCCCUGGCAGACGUGGCCCUCCUGGGCUUAAGGGGGAGACUGGGCCUGGGGGGCCCCCAGGAGUGCCUGGCAUUCGAGGUGAUCAGGGGCCUAGUGGCCUGGCUGGGAAACCUGGGAUCCCAGGAGAGAGGGGGCUUCCUGGGGCCCAUGGACCCCCUGGACCAACUGGACCCAAGGGUGAGCCAGGUUUCACAGGCCGCCCUGGGGGACCAGGAUUGGCAGGAGCCCUGGGGCAGAAGGGUGAUUUGGGGCUCCCUGGGCAGCCUGGCCUGAGGGGCCCCUCGGGAAUCCCAGGACUCCAAGGCCCAGCUGGCCCUGUUGGGCCCCAGGGUCUGCCAGGCCUGAAGGGUGAACCAGGCCUGCCUGGGGCCCCUGGAGAGGGGAAAGUGGGGGAACCUGGCUUGGCCGGGCCUACGGGGCCCCCCGGCGUCCCAGGUUCCCCAGGACUCACGGGCCCUCCUGGGCCCCGGCCUCCUGGGCCCCCCGGUGCUCCUGGGGCCUUGGACGAGACUGGCGUUGCAGGCCUGCACCUGCCCAAUGGCGGCGUGGAGGGUGCCAUGCUGGGCAAGGGGGGCAAGCCACAGUUUGGCCUGGGCGAGCUGUCGGCCCACACCACGCCAGCCUUCACCGCGGUGCUCACCUCGCCCUUUCCCGCCUCGGGGAUGCCUGUUAAGUUUGAUCGGACUCUCUACAACGGCCACAGCGGCUACAACCCGGCCACCGGCAUCUUCACCUGCCCCGUGGGCGGGGUCUACUACUUUGCUUACCAUGUGCACGUCAAGGGCACCAACGUGUGGGUGGCUCUGUACAAGAACAACGUGCCAGCCACCUACACCUAUGACGAAUACAAGAAGGGCUACCUGGACCAGGCGUCCGGCGGGGCCGUGCUGCAGCUGCGGCCCAACGACCAGGUCUGGGUGCAGAUGCCCUCGGACCAGGCCAACGGCCUCUACUCCACCGAGUACAUCCACUCCUCCUUUUCAGGAUUCUUGCUCUGCCCUACAUAACCCCUGGGGGGCGCUGCUGCCCGGGCCGCCUCCUCUGUAGCGGUAGAGACACCUUUUCAGUUACCAAGAACUUGCAUUUAAAGAAGACACCGAAAGCUGAGCAGAGGCCACUGCAGUCUUGACCCAAGGAGACUGACUUGGAUUUUCCCUUCAGGAGCGGCUGAGGUGGUUUCUGGAAGAGGCUGGCCUGCGUUCCUCUCCCCCAAGUGUCUCUGCAGUGUUGGGGUUGCAUCCCUCACCCUGCCUGGCCUACAGGCAGGGGCCCCAGGACCUUCAGCCCAGCUUCUGGAGAACCUGCCCUUGGAGUCCGGAGCUCAGCUGGGUGGUGAAGAAGGUGCUUCUGAGUCCGAGCUGAGGGGGCCACGCUCCCCUCUCAAUGCUCCCUGAGACAUAUUCCCUGGCUCUGCCUUCCUGCUGACCCUAAGCUGGUUCCAUUUUAAGGAAUGGGGCAUGGCCUCCCUCAGUUCUUGGCUGGGGCUCUUCCAGCGCCCCUCAGGGCCUCCAGCACAUGAAGGCUGGUCCCCUGCAGAGUUUUUGUAUCCCUUUGGGGGAAAGGGAGAGAGGCCAUCCAGGUGGCCACCCCCCGGGGAGGCUGUCUAUCAAGCCUUCCCGUGGCAGGUACGGGCAUGUGGCCCCCUCUGCAGGGCCAGAACCAUUUCACUGCUCCAGCAUGGCCAUGAGCAAAGUGGUUUGUGAGAAGGCAGGGCAUGGACCUGGGCAGAACGGCAGCCCUGUGGUUUAGCUUCACCUCCCAGGCCGCCCCCACCAACUCUGGCUGCCUAGCACCAGGGCAACCACACAGGCUUUAGGGACUACCAGGGGUCGGACAAGGUGACCAGUGACCAGGAAUCUUCCCUUUUUCACUCCCUACCUGCUUGGGGCGGGGGAGGUAGGGCUGAAUUGCAAGGCAACCUUUCCACCCCCACUUCAGGCAUCCCUAAGGCAGCGAGCCUCUAUUUGGCCCUUAGAACAAGGUGCACACAAACCGGGAGAUGGAGGCGCUCCUGCUCUUCCUUCAUAAGAACCACAUGGUGCCUGUGUGUGUCUACUAGAAGGGUUAAUCUGUGGGGGCUUCUUCUUCCACCCUCUGGUUCCAAUUUCCUGUUCUAAGCAGGAUUAGGGCCCAGGAGGCUGAGGCUUGGAGAGAAAGUACCGACAGGCCCCUUUGGAGUGAAUUGGCUCUAGAUGGUUCCGCUAUUUUCUCCAAUCAGAGCUCCCUUGCAGGACAGGCGGGCUCCCCUCCCAGCCCUCAGCCCCUGGUUCUAGCUGGGUGGGUAAAACUGAGAUAAGUGCAGGAGCAGAGAUGGGUGCACUGUUGCAAGCUGGCCACAUUCCCAAUGGCUUGGGGUCUCUUGCCCAGCUCCCCGUCUUUCCUCAGGCCAGCCCACUUUCCUGAACACCAAGUGCUCAGGACAUGAGCUUGUGCCUGGGCUGCCUAUGUUGAAAAUGGAGGGUGACUGCUGGCUCCUGACUUGCUCCUCCCCACCCACAACUCCAAACACAGCAGGCCAUUUGACUGCUCACCUUAACUUUCAAAACUAGUAAUGAAAAUCCAAAUCUGCUCAAGUGACACUUUAAGAACAGGCUUCGGCUGGGUUUCAUGGUGGAUUUCCUACUCCCCAACACCCGAAAGGACGAGUCUCAAAUGCUACCUGCAGCGGGUGCGGGGGGCUGAGGAGGCCUCAACUCGAACUCCUUCCUGGUCAGAGGCACCAUCUGACCUGCUAGGGAGGGGCCCUCGGCUCUCCAUGCACCCCAGGGACCAAGGAGGGCUCCGGGAACAAAAGAGCAAUCUCGCUGUUUCAGACCCGAGCUGCUGCAACACAGCAUUCUUGAAGCCUUUGCCGGGGUGGGGGAGGGAUUUAUGAGUGUUUCUGAAAUGUUUAUGGGAUUUUAGGUCCAGGUGUCCACUUAGCUGACUAGCUUUGCUAAAUGACGUCAGGUUUUAUCAAUGAAAACUACAUCGCCUUGUGUUUUUAUCUGAUUCCCAACUUCUUAAGAUUAAGGUUGAAGUGUUUUCCAUUAGUAGUGUCAGUUCUAACCUCAUAGGAAGCUUAGUUCUCUACAUACCUACGAUGUGCCCCGUGUCACAAAGGAUUUGGGAAAAAUGCACUCGGGAGUCAAAGAAAAUGGGACUUGUUUUAAAGAAAAACAACGGUACCGACUGUAUUGACACCACCUCAAUAAAACCUGUUGUAAAAACAGCACAGUGAUGAAGCUGGCAUCGAUGCAGAGGUGUCUCAGCCUCUGGAUUUCCUAGGCAUGCAGGCAGCUCUCUGGGAAUCCCUACGUCUUCUCCCAAGAAGAAUGCAGCCUCCUUCCUCCCCACGCUGCUCCCUAGCCACUGGUUCUGUCCGCAUCAGAAGUGCCCGUGCUCCUAAGCUACUGAAGCUCUGCACCAAGUAAAUGCCAAGAAGCAUUUUAAGAACCAAAGUAAGACAGUGGCUGGAGCUAGGAGAGAAGGAUCACCCUACCCUGGAACAUUCCUGCAAGCUCGCAGGAGUAGUGGACCAUGACCACAAGCACAGGAUCUCCAGGGCCAAUUUUAACAUCUGACACAAAUUAUGAAUGAAACUGUGAAUCUCGGCUCCUGAGGGUGGGGCUGGUGCCAGGGCCAACACUCAAGGCAGGGUAGGGGGUGCUGUCCUCGGCAGAAAGCACCUGCCCCCAGCCCACCAUUCUUGGCAGCUAGGGACCCAUCCCUGGCCGUGGGAAUCAGGACCAUGG